AUGGCACCUUCAAUAAUAACUCUUAUUGUUGCAUUAUUUGCAUCUUUUCCGGCAAUUUCUGGCUUUUAUUCAGCUGCCAUUAAGCCAUGGUGUUCCCAAGCCCCAUUCCCACUUGCAUGUGAGUCUGUUGAGCAAUUUUUGGAACAUAACCCUAUAAACAUAUUACCUAUCAUAGGAAAGUCCGAUUUCUUUAAGGCCUCGUUGCAAUUUGCCCUAGACAGUGCAAUGCAUGCCAAAGUUUACACGUAUUCUCUAGGCAUGCUAAGUCGUAACGCUAAGGAAAAGGCUGCAUGGUCCGAUUGUCUGGAGCUGUUAGAGGAUACAAUUGUUAAAAUCAACAUGACUCUUGAUCCUAGUGCCAAGUGUUUAUCAGACGACAUUCAAACAUGGCUAAGCACCGCCUUAACCAAUUUCGAGACGUGCAAAAGUGGGUUUUUUGAUUUCGCGGAAACCAAUAAUGUCUUGCCUUUAAUUGUGUCUAGCAAUGUUGCCGAGCUAAUUAGUAACCUUCUAUACUUAAAUAAAGGGUCAUAUGGUGACCCGAGUUGUAAAGCAAGAUUGCCAACUUGGGUGCCGCCAUCACCUCAGCCCAAUAUCGUGGUGGCGCAGGAUGGCUCUGGGAACUAUAUGACGGUGAAUGAAGCCAUUGCCGAUGCUGGAAAUCGAACGGGAAAUGGAAGGUACGUGAUAUAUGUGAAGCAAGGGACUUACGAGGAGAAUGUUGAUAUUGGAACAGCUGUUGUAGGAGAUGGAUUUAUUGCUCGGGGCAUAACAUUUCGGAACACCGCUGGGCCCGAAAAUUACCAGGCGGUGGCGCUCCGAUCAGGAUCCGAUCUUUCAGUAUUCUACCAGUGCAGUUUCGAGGGGUACCAAGACACUCUCUAUGUCCAUUCCCAGAGACAAUUCUACAGAGAAUGCGACAUCUAUGGAACAGUAGAUUUUAUUUUCGGCAAUGCAGCAGUCGUGUUUCAAAAUUGCAACAUAUACGCAAGAAACCCUCCAAGCAAAACCAACGCUUUAACUGCACAAGGCAGGACCGACUCGAACCAAAACACUGGCAUCUCCAUUCACAACUGCAGGGUUAUGGCGGCUUCGGAUUUGAAACCGGUUCAGAGCUCCGUGAGAACAUAUAUGGGUCGACCCUGGCAGAAAUAUUCGCGUACAGUUUUCAUGAAGACUUUCUUGGAUGGUUUGAUUGACCCAACAGGUUGGAUGCCUUGGAGUGGAGAUUUUGCUUUAGAUACACUGUACUAUGGUGAAUACCAGAAUACGGGCCCUGGAUCCUCCACAUCCGGGCGGGUUACAUGGAAGGGCUAUCGGGUUAUCACCAACUCUACUGAAGCUUCAGAAUUCACGGUUGCAAACUUCAUUAAUGGGAAUUAUUGGCUGCCAGCAACCAAUGUGCCUUUUACUUCUGGUUUUUGA